CAAAAGGCAGCUUAUAUUAGGAGGAAUGAUAAAGUAUUAGUGACAGCAGCUGCUGGUGGCACCGGUAUGAUGGUUGUUCAAUGGGCUAAACAAAAGGGAUGUUAUGUUAUUGGGUUGACCUCAACCCCAGAAAAGGCAAAACUGUUGAAAGAGUUGGGAACCGAUCGAGUGGUUAAUUAUAAGACCGAAAAUUUGGAUCAAGUGCUCACUAAAGAGUUUCCGGAAGGAGUGGAUGUGAUUUGGGAGACAAUCGGUGGACAAGUAUUUGAGACUUUAUUCAAUCAUUUAGCACCAAAGGGUCGUAUGGUACUCAUUGGCAGCACCUCUAGUUAUAAAGGGGAGGCCACGCAGACUAAUAUUCCUGAUCUUACAACCAGACUAAUAAGAGGAAAUCAAAUGCUUUCGGGAUUUUUCAUUUGGAAAAAUCGAGAAUUAUUUCCAAAAUAUUUACCGAAACUGAUUGAAAACGUUGUGAACAAUAAACUGCGAGUUGUGUUAGAUUUGGGACAAAACACAAGUGAAGGAGAAUUCGUAGGAAUUGAUUCAGUAGUCAGAGGGGUUGAGAACUAA